UAUGUAAGUUAAUUCCAUUUUCUGAAACUGUAUUUGUUUCUCAUCCGGUACAGGGGGUAGAGGAGACUAGAAAACAAUAUUUAAGGUAGGGGACGUUCCCAACAGUAGGCCCCGCCCCAUGCCUCGUUCCCCGCCCUCUAGGGCGGAGCGCGUCUUGCCACACUCAAUAUGGCGGCUGCGCCUGUCCAUCCGGGAGCCUGAGGGUUGCAAGUGGCGCGCUCCACUCCAGUCAUGGUGGUCCCGGGAGCCGCGGCCGCGCCGAGUCGGGCCCCGGAGACCUGCGGUCUGGAGCAGAUUCUCGAAGCGCUGAAGCUGCUGCUGAGCCCGGGAGGAUCAGGCUCAAGUUCACUACAGAGCACAAAACAUGAUGUCUUACUGGAUACGUUAAAAUCUAACCUGUCUGCCUUGGAAGACAAGUUUCUGAAAGAUGCUCAGUGGAAGAAACUUAAACUCCUAAGAAAUGAGAUGGCUCGCAGGGCAGAGUGGCCCCAGAACUCCACCGAUGUCACUUGGACUUUUACGUCUCAGACAUUGUUGCUGCUGUUGUGUUUAAAAGAAACCAUGAUCCGCCUUGUAGCUGAUUUCAGUCCAGGCAAACCCAAUCCUAGAACCCCAGAAGCUGCCCCUGCCCUGAGCCCAGAUACACUUAGUGUCUCUCAGCAGAAGACCUUCCAGUCUGUCUUGCAAUUUGUCGUCACCUUGGGUGUCUGCCCCUACUUCAUGCCUGGUGUAGGAAUCCCUUUGAGAUACAGAACUGAGUUUGGAGCUGUUGUUCAAGAUGUGGUAUGUCUGGAGGCUGCCCCCCAUGGGGCUCGAAGACUGUACACCAGCUGCAGGGUCCUUCUGGACGUGGCUCAGCAUUCGUCUCUGGGGAGCCUGAUUUUCUGCCGCCACUUUGGGGAUAUCGCAGCAGGCCUGUGCCAGCUGGGAUUCUGCCCAACCAAAAGAAAAUCAUCAGCACCUGUAGAAGAGGUUUUAACGGAAGAGGAAAGAGCCCUAUCGAGGGAGUCAUUGAGAAACAUCUUGGAUCAAGUGUAUCAACCAUUAGCAGUCCGGGAAUUGCUUAUCCUCCAGGGAGGACCUCCCCAGUCCUGCACAGAUGUAACGACACAGCGUAGGUGUCGGGCCCCAGGGUGGCUCCGGCGUCUAUGUGGGCAGCUGCUCUCUGAAAGGUUAAUGAGACCCAGUGGUGUUCAGGCAGUAGUCCGGGGCAUUUUGGAAGGAGCAGGUGCUGGUGCUGCUGGUGGGAGCGAUGCUGAGGCCAGAGCGGCUGACUGGAAGAAGUGUGACCUGAUUGCAAAGAUUUUGGCGUCUUGUCCCCAGCAGUCACUUUCCCUAGAGAGCUACUACAAAGACGUCUGCCCCCAGAUUCUGGAUUUAUUUCAUUUUCAAGAUAAACUGACAGAGCGACAGUUCCAGAGAGUCGCCACUACUACCUUCAUAACCAUGGCAAGAGAACACCCGGAGCUGGCCGCCAAGUACCUGCUUCAGCCAGUGUUAGCGCCUCUUCAGCGAUGCUUGAUUUCCACAGAGAUUCCAGAGAGUGGCAUGAUGCCAGGAACCAUCAUGGUGACUGAAGAAGAACUUAGUAGGUGUAUUGACGAUGUGUUUAAGGUGUAUGUCGUGGCAAAUGAACCUCUCCCAGUGUUGCUGGAUUCCCUGCUUCCGCUCCUUGGGGUGCUUUUUUCUCUCUACUGUUUUACCCAGCAAAGUGUGUCUCACAUAAGGUCAUUUUGCCAAGAGAUCUUAUUAUGGAUCCUGGGGAAGCUGGAAAGGAAGAAGGCAAUUGCCAGCCUGAAAGGAUUUGUGGGAUUGGACAAAGCUGUGCCCUCUUUCCAUCCUCAGUGUCAGUUUAGAGCUGCCACUCAGGGUGGCAUUAUGAUUACUAUCAAAGAGACCAUGAGUGAUGAAGAUGAGGAGGAGGCCUUGUACCAGAAGAUGUCCUCAGAGCAGAGCCAGGUGGAGCAUCUUGGAGACUUGCUGUCCCAUUGCCAGGAAUGUGGUUUGGCGGGAGACUUCUUCAUCUUCUGUCUGAAGGAGUUGACUCACCUGGCUGUGGGAAAUGAAGCAGAGUUCAAACCUAAGCCCUCCUCUGACACAAGCCUCCUGGAGUUAGAGCAACACCGAGCUCUGCUCAUAGAAAGCCAAGGGCAGAAGCUGCUGGUCCUUCAGGUGCUGGCGGUGCUAUGUGAGAGGAUGUCUGAGCAGAUAUUCACAAACGUCACUCAGGUCAUGGACUUUGUGGCAGCAACACUGCACAGAGCGUGUGCAAGCCUGGUCCAUGAGGCAGAGAGCACCGUGGAAUCACAGACACUGAGCAUGGCCAUGGGGCUGGUGGCUGUCAUGCUAGGAGGAGCUGUUCAGUUGAAGUCAAGUGAUUUUGCAGUCUUGAAGGCGCUGCUGCCUCUGUUGGAGAAGGUCUCCAACACGUACCCCGACCCUGUCAUCCAGGAGCUCGCUGUUGAUCUCCGCAUCACCAUCUCCACCCACGGAGCCUUUUCCACUGAGGUUGUCAGUAUGGCUGCCCAGAAUACCCUGAACAAAAAAGAUCCAGACAGGAAAGUAGAAAAGCAGCAACUAACCAGUCGUGACACAUCCACAGAGGUAGCUCAGAGCCACCCUGCACAAGAGCAGAGCUGUAAGAAGGCCCCCCAAACAGGCCAGGAGUCUAAUGCCCCAUUCAUUCAAUCUAAGGAGUUCAGUGGGCGCAGCACUGAUAAGAACCAGGAACCUGGAAGCGUAACCAAAGAACAACUCCAGGAGGUUCUUUUAUCGGCCUUUGAUCCUCAAAUUCCAACACGAGCUGCUGCCCUGCGUACUCUUUCCCGCUGGAUAGAGCAGAGAGAAGCAAAAGCCCUCGAGAAGCAAGAGAAGCUUCUCCAGGCAUUCUUGAAGAAUUUGGAGCAUGAAGAUACUUUUGUGUAUCUGUCUGCAAUCCAGGGAGUUGCCCUUCUCUCAGAUGUGUACCCUGAGAAAAUCUUGGUUGACCUGUUGGCCAAAUAUGACAGCGGCAAAGACAAGCACACUCCAGAGACUAGAAUGAAAAUUGGGGAGGUCCUGAUGCGAAUUGUCAGAGCACUAGGGGACAUGGUCUCCAAGUACCGAGAACCUUUGAUCCAUACCUUCCUGCGGGGAGUGAGAGAUCCAGAUGCUGCACACAGGGCCAGCAGCUUAGCCAACCUGGGAGAGCUGUGCCAGCGCCUGGACUUCCUGCUGGGCCCCGUGGUUCAUGAGGUGACAGCCUGCCUGAUUGCUGUGGCUAAAACCGACCGUGAGGUUCAGGUACGCAGAGGUGCCAUCCACGUGAUUGUGCUGCUGCUUCGAGGACUCAGCCAGAAAGCUACUGAGGUGCUGAGUGAUGUCCUCAAGGAUCUCUACCACCUGCUGAAGCACGUAGUACGUUCGGAACCCGAUGACAUAGCAAAGCUCCAUGCUGAACUGGCCCUGGAGGAACUGGAUGACAUCAUGAGAAACUUCCUGUUUCCACCCCAGAAGCUGGCGAAGAAGAUUGUGGUCUUGCCAUAGACCUACCUGGUUCAAAGGACAUGGAAGGAGGCGGCAGAAAGCAGCAAAGCAGUUACCUGUGCCUUUACUGUUGGCGACAUGGCGGACCCUGAGGUAGCUUUAUGGUGUUGGCCACUCCAGUGUUCAGGGUGACCUCCUUAAAGCAUCUCUUUAGCCACCCUGCAUCAAGCCUAAAGCAUGUGUAGUUAAAAUAAAAGAUGAACUCUUUGA